CCUUGCCUGACAAGGCGCCUCUUUUAAAGCUUCAUAACCUUAAGGUGUGUUAGACACUUACUUUAUUUCCCAGUAUUUACUCCUCCAUCUUGACCUAUAAUUUGUCAUAUGAUGUUCUCCAGGAAAUAAAUUUUAUUCACUUGAUGGUAAAUAAAGUUUACUACUGUACGUAAACCUGGACAUAUCAAAACUCAAUGAUCUUCGGUGAUUUUAUCGAACCUAAUCUAACAGAAUAACUGAAACAAAACUUUGAUUUGGAUUUCGAUAAAACAAAUGCAGUUUUGUGGAACUCAUAUCGUUUCUGAAUUUGGAAGGAUUGUUUAUGGGUUUUUAACUGUUCUCCUUGCAAUGGCAGGUGAUAUUUUCUCAAGCAAACGAAAAGAUUACAGAUACAUAAGCAAACAACGUGCAUUAGAUGAACUACGUGCGAUUCGUGAAAGUGGCCUUCGAGAAUAUGAAAAAGUUGUUAGUUUAUGGAAGUUGUCCCUUUGUAAUCAUAUAGACAAGCUGGGCUAUGAAA